UUCUGGGGGCGGCAUUUAGUUCCCUCUCAUGCUCUUAGACAGUCAGUCUCACCCACAGCAAUCAUCUGCCUUUCAUGCAAUAGUCUGCCAUUUAUAUUUAUUCAAAAUACCACCAAAAGAAAUUUUUACUUACCAACUAGAUUUAAUUCCGAAUCCGAUCAUGUCUUGUCUAUUCUUCUUCAUCUUUGUGUGCCUGGCCAUGCAUGCAUGCAAUGCACGACAUCUUGGAGUAGUCAUGGACGACAAUGAUGUAUCCAAUAAGAAACAUCUUUUUUCUACCAAGGUGAUGGGAAGUGUUAAACGGCUGAACAAGGAGCAACCGACAGAAACAUCAGUUAAAAGCAUAGUUUUCCAUGAGAGGAAGGGCAGAGAAGAAAGGUCAAAGACAGCAGUAGGUGUUUCAGCUUCGGGCAAGGAGUUGGAUGAACGUAGUGGGUUUUUCUCUGAUUAUUCCAGACCUAGAACACGCCCUCCUUCUCACAAUUGAACU